AUGCCAUUCUUCGAUGAUGCCACUAAGAUUCUGUUUGUUGCUGGAAAGGGUGACGGUAACAUCCGUUACUAUGAGUUUGCGGAUGACGAACUGUUCCCUCUUUCCGAGUAUCAAUCUACUGACCCACAGCGUGGUUUUGCAUUUGCCCCAAAAAGAUUUUGCAAUGUGCAAGAGAACGAGAUUGUCAAGGCGUUCAAGACCGUUCGCGAUAACUCCAUUGAGCCCAUCUCGUUUAUAGUUCCUAGAAGAGCUGAGAUGUUCCAGGACGAUAUUUACCCGGAUGCUCCAAGUGCCACUCCAGCAUUGACUGCCAGUGAGUGGUUUGCGGGCAAGGAGGUUGCGGGUCCAAUUCUGUUGUCUAUGAGAGACAUCUAUGAGGGUAACGAGCCCACUUUAAGUGAAUCGGUUGUUGCUCCUGUUGAGACUGCUAAGCCUAAGGAAGAGCCAAAGUCCGAGCCAAAGGCUGAACCAAAAGCUGAACCAAAAGCAGUCACCCCAAAGACCGAGCCAGCCGUUGCCAGUCCAGCCUUCACCAAGUCUGCCGAGAGAGGUGUUGAGACAUUGCUAGGCACAAAGGAAGUCAACAGCUUGUUGGACAAAGUUAACAGCUUAUCGGAUGAUGAAGCUCCUAAAGACAGCACCAGUGAGAACUGGGAUGAUGACGAAGACUACCAGGAAGCAAAGAAGAAGGUUAUUGUUGAAGAAACAAAGCCUGAGCCAAUUGCUGAAAAGGUGGUUGAAAAGACUCCGGAACCAAAGGUUGUUGAAAAGACCGUUGAAAAGACCCCAGAGCCAAAGGUUGAGGCCAAAUCAGAGCCAGCCCCAGCUCCAGAACCAGUCAAGACUGAGCCAGUCAAGGCCGAACCUACAAAGACCACAGCCGCAGCCGGUGCCACUACUCUCAAAGGAACUGUGGAAAGACUCGCUUCUCUGGUCGAUAAGCUGGAGUCGACCAUUGAGGCCUUGACGAAGGCUAACCUCGAUAAGGAUGAAAGACUUGCCAGUUUGGAAGCCAAAAUUGAGGGUCUUACCAAAUAG